AUGUUCAACGACAGGAUCGUCAUUCCCAGCACUCUCAAGGCAAGGGUUCUCAAAAUGAUUCACCGGGAUCAUCCUGGAAUCGUGAGAAUGAAGCAGUUGGCGCGAUCUCUCGUAUACUGGCCAUCCAUCGAUAAGGACAUCGAGAACAAGGUCAGAAGUUGUGACCAGUGUGCAUCAGUCGCUAAGAAUCCAAUAAAGAACACUCUAUGUUCUUGGCCAAUCCCAACUGCUCCAUGGCAAAGGGUACACGCUGACUACGCUGGACCACUGGAUGGAACUUACUAUUUGGUCGUGGUAGACGCAUUCUCCAAAUGGCCUGAAGUCUUCCCAACCACAUCCAUCACAACUACAGCUACAAUAAAUAUUCUGAGAAAAGUGUUUUCACAAUUCGGAGAUCCGCAAACGCUGGUAACCGACAACGGAACUCAGUUCACUUCAUCUGGUUUCGAGAACUUCUGCAAGGAUCGAGGAAUCACACAUUCACGAUCGCCCGCCAUUCCAUCCACAAUCAAAUGGACAGGCAGAACAGCUAUCGCUCUUCGCCUUGUACCGCCAGUCCAAAUGGCUCAUCACCCGCUGAGAACUUCAUUGGCCGGAAGAUCCGUACAUUCCUGGAUCAACUUCUCCCAACCGACCAACUUCCCAACUCGCACGACACAGAGAUGGAGAAGCAGUUCAACAACCAGUAUGGUGCACGUUGCCGCAACUUCAACGUGGGAGAUAAGGACUAUUCAACGUCGGAUUGGGCGUACAAUGUACCGCGUCACUGUGGAAAACAACAACUUCUGGAUUAGACACACCAAUCAACUGCGCCGUCGUGACACUCCAACUUCGUUCGAUGUUCCACUCGACACUAUGGACACAAUGGACGCUAUCGAUUGGACACCGUUGUCAACAACCUUGCCCGACAGUUCACCAACGACUCCAGCGCCAAUACUUCCUGGAAGUCCCACAGCACCAUCUCCAAAACCCAUCCGGAAAUCUACACGUACCGGCAAACCACCACCAAAGUUCGCCAUGAAGCCGAAUAAGAAAUCGUAUCAUUAA